CGACACAUCACUACCACUUUCUACCCUUCAGGAGCUGCUGCUUUUCAAAACGUGGUGUAGGAAUAUUUUGUCAAUUUGUCUUUGCAGAGGACACAGGUCUGUAAACAUUCUGUUUGGCAGAAUAUCCCAGGCGUGCUCUACGCUGGCGAAAAUGGAGGGGUUUCUACAGAGAUGUAGCGCUGCAUUAAAGGUAGGCACACACACGAACACGUUUACUAUACAUUCCAUAUUUUACAAAUGUUUCAGUUGCUCUGUUUAAUGACUAGCCUUGUCCAUCGCGUGUUCUCUCUGCUGUCUGUCAUGCAAUUAAUUUAAAUAUUCAAACUGUCUAAAUUACUGUUACAGAGGCUGGUCACUUUCUUCCAAGACAUUACUGCUUUUACAAUUGAAUUAGCUACCCCAUGACUAAUAUAUUACUAUUAUAUUAUUCAUAAUGUAUGGAUAUCCUGACAACCUAACUAUCAACAAAAAUUUAGAGUUUAUUGAUUCAUUCUCUCAAGUUACAAAAUAGCAGAAUUGAACACAGAGUCAAAUUGCAGUAUGGUUCUAGAUUCUAAAAAUCAAUUUUCAUAAAGAUGAUGAAUCUUCUUCUUGUAAAAGGUCUAACACACACAACACAGAGAGCCAUGACUCAUGAGGAGGUGGUGUGUAAAUGAAGAGCUAGAAUUGUCAGAGAGCAAAAGGUAGAAUACUGCCCACUGAAACUUCAAUUACAGUCAUUGUCAUAUAUUGCAUUUUUCAGGAUAUUUUGAAAGGGGUUGUCACAGUAGAGUCAGAUGACCAAUGCCAUGAGGGUUAAUCAUUUGUAUGACUUUUUAGUAAAGUGCAAAGAGCCUGACAUGGCAAUUUCCUUUUUGUGCCACCCUGGCAUCUCCUGCACCCUGUAUUCCCUGUGUGUGCACAAUCAAGACUAAAGGUGCCAUGUGUGGUGGGUUCCCCUGUCUAUAUAGGCUAUGUUGGCACACGUACACCUCUCUCUUUCUCCGGCUGGAGUCUGGGCUAAAGCUCUCACUUCCAAAUUCCUGUGGCCCAACAGCUUGACUGUUGUGCAUGUGACAUUAAUAGUGACAUUAGGUGUCACCUCUGUCACUAUGCUUGAAUGGCAGACAUCUCAUCCCCCCUCCCUCCUUCCCCUGCAGCCUUGGUGUGGAAUGCCGCUGUCUUUGGCUGUCAGGCACAGUGAAGGUUUAAAGAGAAGGUGUCUAAUUUCAAGGGGUCAGCGAUUACUCUUGAGGAGUCACCAUUAACCCUCUUUACUUUUGUUUUUUUUCCGUCAGAGAACAGCUGUGGUGGGAUAUCAUAUGGUCGAGCAAUCAGAGAACACAUUCGAGACAUGACGUGAGACUAAUUAAAACAUGAAAUGGGCUGAAUUGAUUUCCCUUCUUAAAACCCUCUCCGUAUGACACUGUAGUAUGUAUUAGGCCUAGUUGUAGUUUGUAGUAGGCCUAGUUAUAGUUUGUAGUAGGCCUAGUUGUUGUUUGUAGUGGCCUAGUUGUAGUUUGUAGUGGCCUAGUUGUAGUUUGUAGUAGGCCUAGUUGUAGUUUGUAGGAGGCCUAGUUGUAGUUUGUAGUGGCCUAGUUGUAGUUUGUAGUAGGCCUAGUUGUAGUUUGUAGUAGGCCUAGUUGUAGUUUGUAGUAGGCCUAGUUGUAGUUUGUAGUAGGCCUAGUUGUAGUUUGUAGGAGGCCUAGUUGUAGUUUGUAGUGGCCUAGUUGUAGUUUGUAGUGGCCUUGUUGUAGUUUGUAGUAGGCCUAGUUGUAGUUUGUAGUAGGCGUAGUCGUAGUUUGUAGUAGGCCUAGUUGUAGUUUGUAGUAGGCCUAGUUGUAGUUUGUAAUAGGCCUAGUUGUAGUUUGAAGUGGCCUAUUUCCUUUUUGAGAUGAAGAGAAGUGCUGCGAGCAGGGGGAAAGCCUUCCUUAACUCACCAUUACCCCCAAGCCAAUGGGUUUUGAUUCAUUCUUUUAAACGUUAUUCUUUCCCAGCAUCCUCCCCCUUCUCCAAAUAUGAUUUCCCAUUUUAAAUGGGCGUAAUCAAAGCCUCGUGGCAUACUUCCUGGCUCUUGUCGUCUGUUAGAUUUAAUGUUUCUGCCCACUGGUCAGAUGCUUCUGUUUGGUCCACUCAACCACUUAGGUCAGGUUAUAUCUGAAUACUGCCACACAGCAGGUCUCUGUGUUCUGAUGGGCACUGGGCAGCCUUAGUUUAGCCACUGUCACUUCACAUUAUGGCCUCCUCACAUGGCUGGAGACUAAGUGUUGAUGUUUAUGUCUGGGGUCGUCCCUGACUACUCUACCUGUGGAGCUAGAAUAAGAAGGAGAACUAGCCUAACGUUUUGUAUGCCUGUCCUGUCUCACGCCCACACACUCACGGGUUGGGGAGCCCUCAACAUGCUCAUCUUUCCCAUAAUCAAACACUUUAAGACAAUUUAAUGUUAUUGGUUGCAGCAGUCUUUCUUUUCAGUGAUGGGGCAAGGCUAACCGGUAUGUUCAAUAGAUCGAGACAGUAGCCAAGAUCGAGACAGUAGAGAUCUGUAGAGGUCAGAUAGUUCCUUCCUUGACUCUGUGUGCCAUAAUUCUGUUGUUAUGAUUUUAUUUUAUAUUUUAUAAACAAUACAAAACAUACACAUACAAACAACAACAUCAGACAAACAUUAACUAGAACACACCCCCAUCUCCAGCGCCCGCAUCACUUUCCGCCACAUGGCCUCAAAUUGCACUCUCUCCUUAGCCCACGCACUUUACAUUUUUAGAUAAUAAAGCAUUUUACUUUUCCAUUGCGUUAAUGACGGACGAUUGGUUGAUUUCCAGUUUUGAAGUCUACGUUUUUAAAAAGAUGAUUGACGAGAAAAUAUCGUCCAACCCAUCGGGUAUCUCACUGCACCCUCAUAUGCCAUGUCUUGAAAUAUUCAGACAGACGGAUUAAAAUAAAUGGUCUAAUUAAGCAAUAAGGCCUGAGGGGGUGUGGUAUAUGGCCAAUAUACCACGGCUAAGGGCUGUUCUUAUGUACGACGCAACGCGGAGUGCCUGGAUACAGCUCUUAGCCGUGGUAUAUUGGCCAUAUACCACAAACCCCCAAGGUGCCUUAUUGCUAUUAUAAACUGGUUACCAACGUAAUUAGAGCAUUACAAAUAAAUGUUUUGUCAUACCCGUGGUAUACGGUCUGAUAUACCACGGCUGUCAGCCAAUCAGCAUUCAGGGCUUUAACCACCCAGUUUAUAAUUUUGUUUAUACAUGUUUUUUGUUUUGCCUAUCUAAGGAAUGUCAAACUGCCCAAGUUCAUAACUGUUACCUAAAAUUAAACCAUAGCCAUUACCUACCUAAAAGAACACUAUUCCCAACAAAAGGGGAAUCAAAGUGGAAUUUGUUUAGCUGAAAAGUUAUACUGAUGAUGAGGAUGAGGAGAAUAAUCAUAGAAUGAGGAAGACUAGGGUUUGUCUCUCCUCCCUCUACUCCAUCCACCAAUUCCACAGUUCAGCCUUAUCUCUCGUGAGUCCCUGAGGCCUGUGCUAAGUGGAUUGGAGAGAGAAUGCCUCAGUGUGGUGUGGUUUAACAUUAACCAGAUGGAAUGAGAGCUAUGACGGGGCACUCAGAAAGCGGAACAGGUGAGAGUAACCAGCGUGCCUUAGAUUUGUGCUUGAGUAGUAAUGGAACAAUAUUGACUCAUCAAUAUCAACUCAAUGAAGCUGGCAAAGUGGCUCAAAGUGAUCCCUGGCUUGAAUGCUGCACUCAAAUACAGGCCUAAAUGGAUUGCUCUGUUUUUUUUUAGUCAUUUAUAAUAAUAUAAUAAUAAUAUGCCAUUUAGCAGACGCUUUUAUCCAAAGCGACUUACAGUCAUGCGUGCAUACAUUAUAUAUAUAUAUAUUUUUUUUGUGUAUGGUUUGCUCUGUUUUUUUUUUGUCAUUUAUAAUAAUAUAAUAAUAAUAUGCCAUUUAGCAGACGCUCUUAUCCAGAGCGACUUACAGGAGCAAUUAGGGUUAAGUGCCUUGCUCAAGGGCACAUCAACAGAUUUUUCACCUAGUCGGCUCGGGGAUUAGAACCAGCGACCUUUCGGUUACUGGCACAACGCUCUUAACCACUAAGCUACCUGCCACCUUAGUGUGAGAUAUGAGGAUAGCUGUUAUAAAACAGCACUGUCCUAUUAUAAAACAGUAAUUGACAUUUCUCAGCAAUAGUGUGAGUUGAAUAUGAAGCCCGUUGCAAAACAGUUAGCAUUUAACACCAUUAUCUACAAUUGAUCUGCUAAUGGCACACAAAACAGAUGCACAAGGACAUGCAUAAAGAUCAGAGCUGCAUGAAUCAGAGCAUCCUGUCAUAAUCAUGGUACUAUCGUAACACUUCCAUAUUUGUGUCACAGGCCUACAUUUUCCCACCAACCAAGUUGUUCACCUCUUAUCUAACCAUUGUUUAUAUUUCUAGCCUUGUCUUUGAAUGGAUACUGCAAUACUGGAUUACUAUAGCUGUAGUAGACGUUGCCCUGAAUCGUUCUGUUUACCGUGGGGCUGUCGUGGAUUCACGGUUGGAGAGCUCUGCACACACACACACACACACACACACACUCUAUUGUUAAAUAUAGCCUCCCUUGGCUCCUGCUUGCCUGCCCGGGUCUGUCCGCUACUACGGCUGAUGGGAGGUGCCGGGCAUGCUGGGAAGAGAGAGAUGAGAGGGAAGGGGGGGGGCUGGGCGGCCAUGACGUAGUACACUCACACUGGCUGCCCGUAAGGGGCACUUACACUGGGCACUUAACAUGGGGCGGAAUGGCUCUCUCUCCACCCAGUUGUCUACACACUAAGCUACAGCCCAGACUGAUGGGGAGAAAAACCAGUCUAGGAGGCAGACCUGGACAUAUUUCUUGAUUUACCAUUGGAAGUCAAUAGGAUGCACAUCAAUUCUCAAUAUGUUGAGAUCAACAGGAGAGAUCAUACACUGCUUACACUGGUUCACAAAGUACAAUGGUGGACCAAUCUUAUAGGUUGAUUGUUAAAUCUAUGGUGGCCUUAAGGGGCAAAGUAGUUGUUACAUUUUAGUCAUUUAGCAGACGCUCUUAUCCAGAGCGACUUAUAGUUAGUGAGUGCAUAGAUUUAUUUUUAUUUAUUUUUCAUACUGGCCCCCCGUCGGAAUCGAACACACAACCCUGGCGUUGCAAACACCAUGCUCUACCAACUGAGCUACAGGGGGCCCGUGUAGCUCUGCAUCCUCCACUAAAUCUAAAAGUUAGCAUAUCAAUCCCUACUAAAUAGUUAGUGUUUGGACUUUUUCUCCUGAUUUACAGAUAAAUGACAGGUUUCCAGCAGUUAGAUUGAGAAACUAACUGAACUAGCUAAUUAAAGUAUUCACAAUGUAGAGCAGAGUGGUUCAGAUGAACUUUGCUAAUUCCAGAUGGUUGGUUUUGCUUUUUGUGUUUAUACUGAAUCCUGCCAUACUGCCACACACAGUGGUAAUUAGUGCUUUCACUGCUUUGCCAUCAUCAUAUCACAGCAAGGCCGUAUCCCCGGUGUCAGUAAUAACAUUGUUUCUUUCAUCAUGUCACAGAUAAAGUGAUACUAAUCACACUAAUUAUCACAGUGGGUCUACCAGUCGACUGCAAAAUUAUCAAAAUGAAAGCAUCUCGCUGAGUCCAAUAAGGCUGUAUCAUAGUUGGAGCUGCACAUUCACUAAUUGUUAUUAAAGACAUCCCUCAGCAGUUUUUGAACAUUUACUGUUGAAAAGCUAUAUCCCAAGUAUAAAUACAUUGCAGUACACACACUAAAGGGUAAAGAAAUAAGUUUUGAGCAAAAUAGUUUUUUUUUGUUGACACAACUGCAAACUUCAAGGAGUAGGGCUUUCAAAGAGUUGGUCUGAUGGGAAUCUGUGAUGUCAUCGGCCCUCCUUUCUUGAGGAACAAUAGAGAAACAAUAGAGAAACAAUAGAGGACAAUAGAGGAAAAGAAGGCCCACCCCCCCACUUGUUCUAUGGCAUGACUUACCUGGACCACCUAUUGAGAUGUGCCUAUUGUUAAGUAAAUCAGUUGUUAAAUUAGGUCAAAAGGAGACUGGAGUGCCACUUUAAAGUAGGUGUGUUCUUUGAUUAGCAUAGCCUAAGUAGAUUAAAAGCAGCAGUCCAAUAAUGAUAGCAUAGGCUAGAUGCUAACUACUGUAAGCCUGAAUGAAAUAUAGGGAUACCAUUUCAGUCUGUCAAAAUGGGAUUUGUUUCAGUAGGCUAUUCUUGGCUAUUCAUUAAUUGACUGCAGGCAGGUAUCUAGCAUUCUGGGGGCUGUUUAGACAAUACCAAUGCUUUUUACAUUUUGACUAGUGUAGUUUUGGCUGUGUAAAAAAAAAACGGUUUCGAAAUCUACAAUGUAUAAAGCUGACAAGGAAUUUUACCACUCACUUUACCCCCCCUCUCUUUUUCUUCCUUCGUUCUUCCUUCCUUUCUUCUCCCCUCAUUAGGGCAGUUCGGAGGGCAGCUCUGGAAUCCACGUCAUCCUUGGCAACGAGGCCUGUGACCUCGACUCCAUGGUGUCAUCCCUCGCCUUCGCCUACUUUCUGUCCAAAGUGAGUCAGCUAGCUUCUAGCCUGUGCCACCUCUCAUUAGUGAAUCCCUCAACCCAGUUACCAUACCUGAAGUAUCCAGUCCCCUCCUCAUAUGUUUAGGUUUUUAUACGGUAACAAGUCAUUUACACUUUACUGAAGGGCUGCCGAAAGUGGGGUGCACGGGCCCUUGACAAACUUGGCCCUUGAUAUUUUUGGCUGGCAAGAGGCUUCCAGAAUGAUCUUAUGUAAUUAUCAGCAAUGUAUUUUUGGGGUGGCUCAAUACUGAGAUUUCAUUUUGUUUCAGCACUCCUGCUUUAUUUGAGUCAUUAGGACUACAUAACACUCAUAAGCAUGACAUAACGUCAGUUAUCAAAAGCUGACACCAGUUAUGCCAUUAUUAUGACAGUGUUAUGUAGCCCUUAUAUAACAGAGGGUUUUAGUAAAUUGUUACCCAAAAAUACAUACACUACAUGGCUACAAAAGUAUGUGGACACCUGCUCGUCGAACAUCUCAUUCCAAAAUCAUGGCCAUUAAUAUGGAGUUGGUCCCCCCUUCGCUGCUAUAACAGCCUCCACUCUUCUGGGAAGGCUUUCCACUAGAUGUUGGAGCAUUGCUACGGGGACUUGCCAAACUUUACAGUUGGCACUAUGCAUUGGGGCAGGUAGCGUUCUCCUUGCAUCCACCAAACCCACAUUCAUCCGUCGGACUGCCAGAUGGUGAAGCGUGAUUCAUCAGUCCAGAGAAUGCGUUUCCACUGCUCCAGAGUCCAAUUGCGGCGAGCUUUACACCACUCCAGCCGACGCUUGGUAUUGCCAUGGUGAUCUUAGGCUUGUGAGUGGCAGCUCAGCCAUGGAAACCCAUUUCAUGAAAACUCCCAAUGAACAGUUCUUGUGCUGACGUUGCUUCCAGAGGCAGUUUGGAACUCGGUAGUGAGUGUUGUUGCUGCUAGACGUUUCCACUUCACAAUAACAGCACUUACAGUUGGCCGGGGCAGCUCUAGCAGGGCAGAAAUUUGACGAACUGACUUGUUGGAAAGGUGGCAUCCUAUGACGGUGCCACGUUGAAAGUCACUGAGCUCUUCAGUAAGGCCAUUCUACUGCCAAUGUUUGUCUAUGGAGAUUGCAUGGCGGUGUGCCCGAUUGUAUACAUCUGUUAGCAACGGGUGUGGCUGAAAUAGCCGAAUCCACUAAUUUGAAGGGGUGUCCACAUACUUUUGGUGAUGUAGUGUACCUUGUGGAAAUCUUCUAGUAUGAAGACCCAUAGACUCUAUGUUGUGGUUGUUUGAAAUCAAAUUGUUGGAUGAAUACGUCCUGCUAUGCGAUAAUUAAUAUAUCUGCUCAUUUGAGUUUAGAGAGAUGGGCCAAAGUCCUGAAGCACUCCAGGCUCAGAAUUAACUAUGUGAGUGACUCAUUUCUAAGUCUGAGUCCAUGAAUAGCUUGACCAAGCGUAACCAAAAUGCCCAGAAUUCUCCAAAAUAGGACCAGACAACCCUCAGAGUCACUCAUACUCAAGCAUAAAAACAAUGUCUGUGCCCUGGCCACCGGGCACCAGUCUCUCCUUAUCUUUCUUACUGCAUUGAUCCAUCCGUCCUCCCUAACCCCUGGCUAUAGCGGCUUGCUAUACGCCCUCGCUACUCAUGAAAUAUUCAAACAACCUCAGAUACUCAAGAUCCCCCAAAGGCCUGAAAAGGUGGACGGAAACAUUGCAGAGGAAUCACAGCUAGCCUCAGCAGCAAGGUGCAGUGGUGUCAGAUGUCUGUUUUGACCUGGUCUCCCUCUUCCAUCCCCCCUCCUCUCCUCCUUUCCCUUCCUCAUCUUCCAUCCCCCUUUGUUCCCAGACGUCUGGCAGCUCGUGUAAGACUGUGGUGCCGGUGCUGAACAUCCCGAGGGCCGAGUUCCCCCUGCGGUCAGACAAUGUGUUCCUGCUGAAGGAGAGCGGGGUUCCGCCAGAGGCUCUGGUGUUCCGUGACGAGGUGGACCUGGCAGGGCUCCAUAGAGCCAAGAGGCUGGUGCUCACGCUGGUGGACCACAACGUGCUUCCUAGGUCAGCGGUUGCAACAUUACUCUUUCUAUUUAUUUUCUCUUAUUUUCUCACUCUCUUUCUGUUGUUCUGUCCCUUGCCAUCUCUUUGCCUUUCUCUCACUCAGACUUUCUUCCACUGAUACCUACAGUAUCAAGUCAUAUUGACAACACAGGACAACUUUGUGGGAAAGUGCCUGAUAUGUGGAGGGCCAGUUUCCUGGACCCAGAUUGAGAAAACAUAUAGUUAAGGAUAUAUGACACAACGUAUUUCACAAUAUUCAGUCAACCCUGACUUUUCCCCGUAGUGCCGACAUUGACUUGGAGGAGGCAGUUGUGGAAGUCAUUGACCACCACCAUCUUGAGAGGACACCCUCCACUUCCUGUUUAGUCACCAUGGAAACCGUGGGUUCCUGUGCCACCUUGGUGACGGAGCACAUUCACCACAAGGCACCUGAAGUGCUAGACAGACAGGUGGCCCAACUAUUAUACGGUAAGUUUGCCACAGCAACAAUUCUUUCACGUCCAGCAUUCUAUAUAACACGUGUCAAACUCCAGUCCUCAAGGGCCACAGUGUCUCCGGGUCUUUAAACAAUGCAUACCUCAGAACCACAGGAGGUUGGUGGCACCUUAAUUGGGGAGAAUGGGCUUGUGGUUAUGACUGGAGCAAAAUCAGUGGAAUGGUAUCAAAUACAUCAAACAGAUGGUUUCCAUUUGUUCCGUUCCGGCCAUUAUUAUGAGCCGUUCUCCCCUCAGCAGCCUCCACUGCUCAGAACUAGGCAGUGGGAAGAUGGCAGGAGGAAUUAUUACUGAAAUCGACAAUUAUUUUGUAGUUGCGCUUGUUUGUCAAUGCAAGCAGUAACCAUUGGCUCAGUUCACCUAUACUUGGCAGUGUGCCCACACAGGGGCCAUCGUGCUGGAUUGUGUCAACAUGGCACCUGAGGCGGGCAAGGUCACACCCAAGGACAGCCAUCUGGCCUGCCUGCUGGAGUCGCGCUUCCCCGACCUGCCACCCAGGGGCGCCCUCUUCCAGUCCCUACAGAGCGCCAAGUUUGACAUCUCAGGUAAAAAGAAAAACAUGCCAUGGGAAAAGUGUUGACAGGUGGACAAAAUGACACUGCCUUGUCACUUGACAUUCAGGGACAUAGGAUGUCAUGACAAUAUGACAUUAUUUUGUCAGUAUUAUGACACUGUUAUGACAUACCGUUCAAAUAAAGUGUUACCCGUAUUUUAAAGAGUGUUGUAGAGUAAGUGUGAGAUUUCACACGACGUCAAAAUAAUGUUGUGGAGUGACCAUCUAGAAGUAAGCAAAAUAAUAUGUAAAACCCUUCAGGUAGGAACCUCUGCUCUGUUGACCCAAUGACUGGACAAAGCAAUCGAUCACGUGACACCAUUAAUUCCUAUGUGAAGACUCAAUUGCGCAUUCAAGCCAAAUGAAGUCGGUUAAGAUGGCGUCUAAUGGAGACAUAACGUGCGCAGUUUGAGCUACUCCAGGAAGUGGCGUUGCAGGCUAGCUCAGUGCUGCCCCCUCUUAUUGAGUAACUCAAGUUGAAGGCCGACCGGGGUACCAUGAUAUUGGUACCAUGAUUGUUUUCUAAAUAGUGUUUUCUUUACACGAAGAUUGACAACGAAGAUUGCCAUUUUUCCAUUCACUAUAAUGGGGGAUCCUGUUUUCUGCUAACAAUGCCUGCAGGACCACGGUCGGCCUUGAACUUCCGGGGCUUCAAUGAGAGGGGACAGUUGUUCUCCCUUGUGUUGACCACAUUCCAGGUUUAUCUUACUAUGUGUUAUGUUAUACUGGUACUGGGUAAAGUUCAUGAUGCCGUUGACCUUAACAAGGGUCCCAGGACCAGUGGAAGCAAAAUAACCCCAUAAUAUUAAAGAUCCACCACCAUAUAAAAUAUUAUUUUAAUGUAGGUAUGGGGUUCUUUUCUGCUUAUGCAUCCUUAUUUCGACGCCAUUAUAUACAUUGUGUCAGAGAGAAAAUACAACACUUGACUACAUCUUAACUGUACUUGACUACAUUACACCCCGCGUUGUGGUAAUUUUCCAUAUAAAUAGAGUGUUGUUGUUUAUCACUUAUACAGUGCCUUCAGAAAGUAUUCACACCCCUUGACCUUUUCCACAUUUUGUUGUGUUACAGCCUGAAUUAAAAAUGUAUUAAAUUGAGUUUUUUUUUGUCACUGGCCUACACACAAUACCCCAUAAUGUCAAAGUGGAAUUAUGUUUUUUGAAAUUUGUACUAAUUAAUUAAAAAUGAAAAGCUGAAAUGUCUUGAUUCAAUAAGCAAUCAACCCCUUGGUUAUGGCAAGCCUAAAUAAGUUCAGGAGUAAAAAUGUGCUUAACAAGUCACAUAAUAAGUUGCAUGGACUCACUCUGUGUGCAAUAAUAGUGUUUAACAUGAUUUUUGAAUAACUACCUCACAAGUAUCUGUAAGGUCCCUCAGUCUAGCAGUGAAUUUCAAACACAGAUUCAUUCAAAAAGACCAGUGAGGGUUUCCAAUGCUUUGCAAAGAAGGGCACCUAUUGGUGGAUGGGUAAAAAAAAAAAGCAGACAUUGAAUAUCCCUUUGAGCAUGGUGCAGUUAUUAAUUACACUUUGGAUGGUGUAUCAUUACACCCCGUCACUACAAAGAUACAGGCAUCCUUCCUAACUCAGUUGCCGGAGAGGAAGGAAACCACUCAGGUGAAACCGCUCAAUGGUGACUUUGAAACAGUUACAGAGUUUAAUGGCUGUGAUAGGAGAAAACUGAGGAUGGAUCAACAUUGUAGUUACUCCACAAUACUAACCUAAUUGACAGAGUGAAAAGAAGGAAGCCUGUACAGAAUUUUUUUUAUUCCAAAACAUGCAUCCUGUUUGCAAUAAGGCACUAAAGAAAUACUGCAAAAAAUGUGGCAAAGCAAUUACCUUUUUGUACUGAAUAAAAAGUGUUAUGUUUGAGGCAAAUCCAUUACAACACAUUACUGAGUACCACUCUCCAUAUUUUCAAGCAUAGUGGUGGCUGAAUCAUGUUAUGGGUACGCUUGUAAUCGUUAAGGACUGGGGAGUUUUUCAGGAUAAAAAAGAAACGGAAUGGAGCUAAGCACAGGCAAAAUCCAAGAGGAAAACCUGGUUCAGUCUGCUUUCCACUGGGAGAUUAAUUCACCUUGCAGAUGGACAAUAUCCUAAAACACAAUGCCAAAUCUUCACUGGAGUGGUUUACCAAGAAGACAGUGAAUGUUCCGAGUUACAGUUUUGACUUAAAUCUGCUUGAAAAUCUAUGUCAAGACCUGGAAAUGGUUGUCUAGCAAUGAUCAACAACCAAUUUGAGAGUGCUUGAAGAAUUUUGAAAAGAAUAAUGGGCAAAUGUUGCACAAUCCAGGUGCGAAAAGCUCUUAGAGACUUACCCAGAAAGACUCAUAGCUGUAAUUGCUGCCAAAGGUGCAUCUACAAAGUAUUGACUUGGGUGUGAAUACUUAUGUAAAUGGAUGUAGCUUUUUUUCAUCAAACUGUCCUCUUUUGUUUUUAUGUGAGAUGGUCCAGCAUCAUCCUCAGACUAUUGCUAUAAUUUUUGGUCUAAUUCUCAUUUCUGGAAAAAGCUUCAAAUAAAGGUUAAAAUCCAGGUCAUGUGACAUGAUUAACCAAAACACAGGGCCCUAUAUACAGUAUAUGAUCUACAUUGUAACUUAUGAUAUGCUGUAGUGUUUGUCAUACAGUAGUGUCUAUACCCAAUUACAUGCUGCCAUUGUAAUGCUGCUUGUCCCAUUGGUUUGUGUUACAGGUCUUUCUACAGAGCAGAUCCUGGUGAAGGACAUGAAGGCUGUCUCCAGAGGCGACCUGAGACUGGCAGUCAGCGCUGUGUACAUGACACUAGAUGUACGUACUGUCUAGCCAUGCCGUUACUUCACUUAAUCCACUCUGCCACUACCAUGCUUAUGCCACCAUGCUUUAAACUGAGACUCAGCGAUAUUAGGUAAUCACAAGAGCAGUGCAGCCAGAGAGUGUGAGGCAAGAGGCUGAACUCGUCAGCACCAACACAUAUACUGUUAAACAUCUGCACAGGAGUUUGCAUCUCUCUAAUGCAGUGUGAUAGUUGCGUGACAACAAAUGCUGACGAUUGCAGCCUCUUGCUUCGCGCAGUCUUUGUUUGUGUCGGAAGUUGCCCUGCUCCUCGUGGUAAAUGAAUAUAGCUGAGUCUACCUUUAACAUCACCCUCUCAGCAUCAUACUGGGUUUAUGCAAACCUUUACUCAUCCCCAUUAACAACAAUGCGUUAGAAUUGCCUACUUUGCCUUUGAAUGACCAAGCAACUCUUUAACGACAUAGAGUUUGCAGAUGAUUCACCAAGUCAUAUUUCCUACUCCUUCGGGAGAAUUAUAUUCCACUAUUAGAAUCUUUACUCUUCAGUCAUACUCUUCAGUCAUGCUACAAUGUUACCAAUUUAGCUAUCAGACUCGCUUUUAAUCCUGGGAGAUGAUAAUUUUUCAAUUCUUAAUUUUGGCAAUGGAGCCUCUGCCUCAGGGAGGUGCAAAUAUAUGCAGUAACAGACAUCUAGGAGCGACAGUGACAGCUAUAUACAACUAAUGGUUCAUAGCAUAAAUUGUAGUGUUUAAUUAGCAUAAUCAAAUCAGAUCAGUAGCUAAAGUGUUGCUUCAGACCAGGCUAAAUAAUAGUGACAGGAGUCAUGUCUGUUAGUUAAGAAUACUCCCUGAUAUCUGGGUGGCCAUCGUUGCUGCAAUGCAGAAGAUCACAGAAGAAGAGUCCAGAGUGGGAGUCUACUGUAGUGAAUACAGAUAGUUGACUCCUGAUGAGUGCACAUCAAAUAACUGAUUUGGUGUCAAAGCAAAUGUAUUAUUUUUACAAAUACCUUCUCUUAGAGCUGACACAAUUAUUGUGUAAUCGUGUAACCGACAAUUAUGGACAAUAACCGUGAACUAACAGAAAUAUGUGUCAUAAUCAUCUAAAUGCAUUCAUUUUAGGAGAAGGGAUUCAACUUUAUAUUCAAGUAGAUAUACAGUACCAGUCAAAAUAGAUAUACAGUACCAGUCAAAAGUUUGGACACACCUACUCAUUCAAAGACUAUGAAAUAACACAUGGAAUCAUGUAGUAACCAAUAAAGUGUUAAACAAAUCAAAAUAUAUUUUAUAUUUGAGAUUCUUCAAAUAGCCACCCUUUGCCUUGAUGACAGCUUUUCACACUCUUGGCAUUCUCUUAACCAGCUUAACCUGGAAUGCUUUUCCAACAGUCUUGAAGGAGUUCCCACAUAUGCUGAGCUCUUGUUGGCUGCUUUUCCCUCACUCUGCCGUCUGACCCAUCUCAAUUGGGUUGAGGUCGGGGAAUUGUGGAGGCCAGGUCAUCUGAUGCAGCACUCUCCUUCUUGGUAAAAUAACCCUUACACAGCCUGGUGGUGUGUUGGGUCAUUGUCCUGUUGAAAAACAAAUGAUAGUCCCACUAAGCCCAAACCAGAUGGGAGGGUGUAUCACUGCAGAAUGCUUUGGUAGCCAUGCUGGUUAAAUGUGCCUUGAAUUCUAAAUAAAUCACAGACAGUGUCACCAGCAAACCACCCCCAAACCAUAACACCUCCUCCUCCAUGCUUUACGGUGGGAACUACACAUGCGAAGAUCAUCCGUUCACCCACACCGCGUCUCACAAAGACACGGCGGUUGGAACCAAAAAUCUCAAAUUUGGACUCCAGACCAAAGGACAGAUUUCCACCGGUCUAAUGUCCAUUGCUCGUGUUUCUUGGCCCAAGCAGGUCUCUUCUUCUUAUUGGUGUCCUUUAGUAGUGGUUUCUUUGCAGCAAUUCAACCAAAGGCCUGAUUCACACAGUCCCCUCUGAACAGUUGAUGUUGAGAUGUGUCUCUGACUUGAACUCUGUGAAGCAUUUAUUUGGGCUGCAAUUUCUGAGGCUGGUAACUCUAAUGAAUUUAUCCUCUGCAGCAGAGGUAACUCUGGGUCUUCCAUUCCUGUGGCGGUCCUCAUGAUACCAGUUUUAUCAUAGUGCUUGAUGGUUUUUGCAACUGCACUUGAAGAAACUUUAAAAGUUCUUGAAAAUGUCCAUAUUGACUGACCUUCAUGUCUUAAAGUGAUGAUGGACUGUCAUUUCUCUUUGCUUAUUUGAGCUGUUCUUGCCAUAAUGUGGACUUGGUCUUUUACCAAAUAUGGCUAUCUUCUGUAUACCCCCCCCCCCCCUACCUUGUCACAACACAACUGAUUGGCUCAAAUGCAUUAAGAAGGAAAGAAAUUCCACAAAUUAACUUUUAAGAAGGCACACCUGUUAAUUGAAAUACAUUCCAGGUGACUACCUCAUGAAGCUGGUUGAGAGAAUGCCAAGAGUGUGCAAAGUUGUCAUCAAGGCAAAGGGUGGCUAUUUGAAGAAUCUCAAAUAUUACAUAUAUUUUAAUUUGUUUAACACUUUUUUGGUUACUACAUGAUUCCAUAUGUGUUAUUUCAUAGUUUUGAUGUCUUCACUAUUAUUCUACAAUGUAAAACAUUGUAAAAAUAAAGAAAAACCCUUGAAUGAGUAGGUGUGUCCAAACUUUUGACUGAUAGUGUAGUUUAUCCAAUAGUCGUUUUUUAUUUUUACAUGAAGUGGGUAAAGUUGGUAAUCAUUUUACGAGCAGAACGGCACGGUCAGGAAGAGAAGCUUCAUUUCCCAAAGUUCCAAGUGGUCAAAGCCUUUCGUUUUUGAGACAGGGAUGUCACCAAAGCUAUGAUGUAUUCAUUAGGUAUGUCGUAGCUAAUUUUCAAAGAUGCAUUAUGAUGCAUUACUAACUGAAAAUAUUUUUCUACAGAAAUUACAAUUAUGACAAUAACCGUGGCCAUUUGCAUGACAAUUAAUCGUUACCCAAAAUGCCAUAAUCGUCACAGCGCUACUUUCUAUUUUACUGGCUCCAGCCACAAGCCAUCAUGUAUCAUGUAUUGACUGUACACACAUGCAUGGCACAGUUUUGUUGCAUGCCACCACUGCCACCAUUAUUCUAUAUCAGACCUGGGUUCAAAUACUAUUUGAAAUAAUUUAUACAUAUCUAUAGUUGAUUGAGCUUGCCUUUUGGAUUUGAAUAGUAUUUGAACCCAUGUCUGUUUUCUAUAUAGUAUAGUUUUGUUGUUUACUGUUGUACGUCAUCCUGUGCGUUCGACAGAUGUUCCUACAGCGGAAGAGCCUACAACAGGAGCUUUGUGAGUUCUGUCACAAACAUCGUUUUGGUGCGGUGGUUGCCAUGACAAUCUCUUUCAAUGAACGCAGCGAGCCCCAUCGGCAGCUGGCGGUCUACAGCUCCAGCACCCUCUAUAGGGAGGAGGUAUGAACUGCACUGUCAUGCCCACUUAUAUUUACCCCUAGACCCCUAUGUAGUGAGAUUAUUUUAUAUUUAUAGGGGUAGUAAUAUAAUAGUAAGGAUUUGAUAGGGGUAGUUAUAUAAUAGGUAAUAGUUCCACAUAGUGCCAUCUAAUUGACUUAAAAGAAAUGUACCCAUUUUGUGCGGCACAUUUCUGUUCAUGACCCUAAAAAGUAUUUUUAUAUGAGUUCAGUGUAUUGUAAAGAGGUCAAGCCAUUUGAAUAUUGGUGCUGCUUAAAAAUACAUACAAAAAUAGGUCUACUUUGUGUGCCAACCUACCUACCUUGUUAGUUUAAUAUUGGCCCUCAGAAACUAUUCCUUGGUGUGAAAAGAAAUAGUAUUAUUCUGUGAUAUUAAGCAUGUCUGUAAGUGAGAUACAUCAAAGUAUUCAAUGCUGCCUGUUGCUAUUAUUUAUUAGCGUGCUUUUCCUCUCGGGCAGGUGCAGGCAUGACAAUCUGAGAAUAUUAGUCAAUGUUAAAACGGCAACUAUGAAUUAGCAAUACACUUUUAAGUGUGUUUCACAUUCUGCUGUAGGUGAGCCAAGCAUUAGAAAAGGCCCGGAACCCCUCUCUGAGCUUCUCUCCCAUGAGCAGCCCCUUCAACGACAUCAAGUCCUAUCUCCAAGGCAACGCACUGGCCUCCCGCAAGAAAGUGCUAUCUAUCCUCAAGGACUUCCUGAAGGAGUGGGACAAGAAGCAAGUGCAUUGUGGGGAGGCGGAGGACUUUGAGGAGCUGGACGACCACUUUGACCCCACGGGGUCGCCUGGUGUCGACGGCGACGCCCGCCCCCGCUGCUUCUCGGCCUCCCGGCACCACCGCCGCCGCCUGCUGGGCGCCGAGGACUCUGGGACGGAGGAGGACUUCCAGGUGCCGGCCACUCCCAUGAACAGCCUGGUGGAGGGCUGUCCGCUGGAUGCCGGCCUGCCCCAGAUCAGCGCGGAAGCCAUUUUGGAGAAAUUCAGCUGCAUGGUAGGGGAAGCAGGAGGAAAUAAAGAUGGCAGCUGGCCAGGUGAUCAAUAACCUUCUGUUGAUGCCUUUUAAUCCUUGCGCCCCUGGCUGACUGUUCUCGUGCACCUCAACCCAACCAACAGACUAUAACAAGGAGUGUUAAAAGUUCAAACUCAGAAGCAUAUCAAUCAAUUGUAUGUUUCAUAAGGGACAUCUCAUAGCGGAUUAUAAUGACAAUCCAAGGGUGAUUGACUGGAAACAGGGUCGUGUUCAGGAGGAACAAAACCGCCCAAAACGGAGUGAAGCAGGGAGAUACCAUCUGAACUUAUCUAAUAAGAAAUGUUCGUUUUUGUUUUCCGUAGCAAAACGUUUUGCCACGGUGUGCCCAAAUGAACACAAUCCUGGACUACCGUGGCCAUCAAACUGAUCACCAAGUUCUUAUGGAUGCUUUACUCAAGUCAGGACUAACAACACCAUUACGAAGGAUAGGACAUCCUUCUAAAAGACUGGCAACCGGAUGAAAAAGGCAUGACUUGUACCUUCAAAGACUCCCGACAACAAUGAAGGUUGAAUGGUGUUUUCUCUCUGUAUCCCAUCUGAGUACAGAUGCCCCAUUGGUUAGUGCCAUCUCCAAGUGUAGGGGGAGUAGAUUGGACAUGUGGAGAAUACAUAAUGGACUAAUGUAAUGAAUCUUUGAAGGGCCUAUUUCAAUGUCACAGGCAUUUGAGUGAAGCUUUAUUUUGAGGAGAAUAUUGUACUGGAUAAUUAUUUUAUCCAUUAUGGCAGCAUGUUUCAGUAGUCCUGGUCUUGGAAGACCGCUGAGUUUGCUUGUUUUUAGUUCAACUUAUCUAUGUACAGCUUCAGAUGUGAGUUAUUGAGCUGAUGAUUGAGCAUGUGAUAUCUCCUGACGUGUGUGUGCGAGCAUGUGUGUGUGUGUGUGGGUUGAGUUCUUGGUUAGUGUGAUGUCAUGAUGACAUUAUCAUCAGGGUUGUUUCAGUCUAUAGUUCUCCUCAUUGUCGGAAUCCAUCUGAAAACAAAAGAGGGGAAGAAUACACACCUUCCCCACAAAGAGAGAGAGAGAGGUGGAGAGAUAUAUACCAGAUGAUGGAUGCAACUCUGCUGCUCAUUCAUGCAUAUGAACUGCCUGCCCAGUCAGAGCUCUAAAAUUGCAGGUGUCCUUUUUUAUUGCCAUGAAUAAUGUUCUGGAGGCAGCUCUGCAGAGUUGUCACUAGCUGGCACAGCUACAAAGUAAUCAAAUCAGAUUUUAAACCUAACCCUAACCUUAACCCUAAUCACACUGCUAACCCUAAUGCAUAACCCUAAACUUUUUGUUUUCAUGAAUUUUUACAAUAUAGACAAUUUUGACUUUGCAGCUGGCCCAUCUAGCGGAAAUUGCAUAGUUUUGCCUCAAGGAAAAGACUCAUGCCAAUAAACGUCAACCUGUGCUAAAUAUACUCAGCCAGCAAUUACCUUUGCUAAACAGGUUGAAUGACAACAAGUAAUUCACAAUGUUGUUUCUUUAACCAAACUGGUUCCCUUUUUCAGUUUCUCAUGGCUUAAAUCCAAAGAUGCCCCCUCAACCCAUCCACAUGCAGUUCCUUUCAGCAUGGGAAGUUUUGUGAAUUUUAUGCAGGACAAUCGGGAUUCAACUUCCCUUUUAUUCAUGUAUGCAUAUGAAAAGUGUUUGCUGUGUGGUUCCUGAAUGCGAAACCACAUGUAUGACAAGAUUAUAAGAGAAAAUGUUAAAAUAUGCAGUUCUAUUAAAAUGUUUAAGAGUUUGUGUUGUCAUCAGGUUUUAUUCAGGCUUCUAACUGAUUCUGGGUUAUUGAUCUGAUUCCAAAUCAUAACCUAAAGCUAACAUUUCUACGAGGCACUAUUGGAAUCUUUAGUGCCUAUCACUAACUAUCUUGAACCCCACCAGUCAGCUGUGUUUCAUUUGUCGUAGGGUGUGCCCUCACCAUUUUCCCACCAUAUGCUGUGUGUGUGUGCGUGCGUGCGCCCAUUCCUGGUCAUGUCUCAACAUGUUAUUGUGUUCAUAUACAGUGCCUUCAGAAAGGAUUCACACCCCUUGACUUUUUCUACAUUUUGUUGUGUUACAGCCUGAAUUUAAAAUAGAUUAAAUUGAGAUUUCUUGUCACUGGCCUACACACAAUACCCCAUAAUGUCAAAGUGGAAUUUUCCCAAUGCCUCGUAAAGAAGGGCACAAAUUGGUAGAUGGAUUUUAAAAUAGCAGACAUUGAAUAUCCCUUUGAGCCAUGGUGAAGUUAUUAAUUACACUUCGGAUGGUAUAUCAAUACACCCAGACACUACAAAGAUACAGGCGUCCUUCCUAACUCCAUUGUCGGAGAGGAAGGAAACCGCUCAGGAGUUUCACCAUGAGACCAAUGAUGACUUUAAAACAGUGGUGGCUGCAUCAUGUUAUGGGUAUGCUUGUAAUCGUUAAGGACUGGUGAGUUUUUCAGGAUAAAAAAGAAACGGAAUGGAGCUAAGCAAAGGCAAAAUCCUAGAGGAAAAUCUGGUUCAGUCUGCUUUCCACCAAACACUGGAAGAUGAAUAACCUAAAACACAAGGCCAAAUCUACACUGGAGUUGCUUACCAAGAAGAUAUUGAAUGUUAGAUAGUGUUCCGAGUUAUAGUUUUGACUUAAAUCUAAUUGAAACUCUAUGGCAAGACCUGAAAAUGGUUGUCUAGCAAUGAUCAACAACCAAUUUGACAGAGCUUGAGGAAUUUUGAAUAAUGGGCAAAUGUUGCACAAUCCAGGUGUGGAAAUCUCUUAAAGGCUUACCCAGAAAGACUCACAGCUAUAAUCACUGCCAAAGGUGCUUCUACAACGUAUUGACUCAUGGUGUGAAUACUUAUGUAAAUGAGAUAUUUAUGUAUUUCAUUUUCAAUACAUUUGCCAAAAUGUCUAACAACAUGUUUUCACUUUGACGUUAUGGGGUAUUGUGUGUAGAUGGCUGAAAAAACAAAUCAAUUUAAUCAAUUUUGAGUUCAGGCUGUAACACAACAAAAUGUGGAAUAAGUCAAGGGGUAUGAAUACUUUCUGAAGGCAAUGUAUCACACAUUGCAGAUGGAAAGCAAAGAUCAAAGCUGUCAGACAGGCUUUGUCAACUCCAAAGGUCAACCACUAUGUUUAUCAGUAUAUGAAUGCUUGGCCAUUUCUCUUGUUUCUGAACAUAUUUAAUAUACAUAGGCAGUUUGUGGUGACUGAAUGAGGAAAUGUUGAAGAAGGGUGUGAUUAAUAGAAAAAUGUAACUACUCAAAAUGACAAGAGAAAUACUUGUCCCGUGUAGCUCAGUUGGUAGAGCAUGGCGUUUGCAACGCCAGGGUUGUGGGUUCGAUUCCCACGGAGGGGCAGUAUGAAAAAAAUAAUUUAUGCACUCACUAACUGUAAGUCGCUCUGGAUAAGAGCAUCUGCUAAAUUACUAAAAUGUGAAAUGUUAUGGUGCAAUGCUGAGCCGGCAAAUAAUGUGUAGAUAGCCAAGGAAGUACCAGGUGCCCAAAACAUAUUUGGGUACAAAAUCUCUUCGGUCAAUUUUCUAUGGACCUCUCAAAUCUACAGUAGACCAUACAUUUUAGAUUCAGAAUAGGCAUUAUGAUGUUUGUAUGUGUUUUAUAGUAUAAAUAACAUUGAGACAAAUCAUCAAUCAUGUAUGUAAUCACUAUUUUCAGUCCUGACACUUUUGUUUGAUUCGCUGUGAUGUCAUACAGCCCAGUAGCCUACAUUGCAUGAAUUCUGAACAAGCAUGCACAUGCAUGUUUUCACCCUAAACCGGAGCUAGUGCAGUUAAUUCCUGUUGCCGUGGUUACAGGGAUGGGCUUGCACUGGCAAUAAAUACACCACACCUUGACUCUCAGGUGUGGCAAUUGUGUCAGCGCAAUUGAGGCUUCGUCAUGAGUUCAGCAAAGCCAUAAUGUUUACCUCUUUCACUAAAAAGUUACUCAUUGUACAGUUACUGUACUUUUACAAAGACAUUGAAAAGUUUGUCGGCCUGUGAACCAAAUACCAUCAACAAGGUAAUGUUACACAUUUGUUGCUUUGUAUUGUAUCUGUACACAUGCAUUCCUGUCUCAAGUUGUGUUUACCACUUAAUCACAUGAAUCUAACCAAGGCAAACUUGGUGAUAUUGGUGUGAUUUAAUGUGUUCUUACUGGUGUAAGGGUAUUACAUUCUACAUUCUACAAAUUCUACAUUUUCAUUAUAAUACAAGCUUUGAAAAAGAAAGUACAAAAUGGUGACAGACAGUGGUUGUUGACAGCCUUGCCUUAUAUACCGUACUAACUUUAUUGCUCUCAAUACAACUGAACACUGUGCGUUUUCCACUAGAGGCCAGCAUAGGAACAAAUCCCUCAGUAUCCUAUAAUUUGGCAGGACUGAUCAGACAUUAAGUUGUUGGUGUUAUAGUAUUUUUUGUUUUUACUUGUUACCGUAUGUCCAUGACAUUCAUCAUUUCUUUUCACACUCUUAAAUAUAAAAAAUAUGAAGUUACAGCUAAAGUUGCUCCUGAGUUGUAAUAGCUGUUUGGACUUUUAAUUUCUCUGGGCCAAAUGGUUUGCUGUUACUCUGACAACAUCAACUGUGUUCACAACUACUAUCAGGAAACUUGGCACCGAGAACCUGCACAGUAACAACAUGGAGCCAAGAGAGGAGGAGCAAGAAAUGGAGAAGGAGGAGAAGGACAUUUACAUUCCCAGGUCAGAGGUUAUGGUCAUCAGACUGAAUUGUCUUUGUUAUAUUAUCAAUAUACCAAAUAUCCAAACAAGUGUUUUUUCACAUUGAAACACCUAUAUGUAAUAAAAAUUCCAUUGAAAUGUCAUUGUUGACCACUCUAAACAUUGUAGGUCACCUCCCAGGAAUGCUCAUGGCACAGAUGCAGUCUCGGGGAACCCCACAUUAGCUGCUGAUGAGAGACCAGGUAACACUUCAAUUCAAAAUGGCAAUGUUGUAACAUCACAGUCACUAUUAUAAAGCUCCAUAUAAAUGCAAAUCAUGAAGAUUAAAUGUCAUGGUAGCCCCGCCUAGCAGCCUGGCUCUGACGGGGCCCCGACCCAGGAAGAAGCGCCUGGUGGCCCCCGCCCUAAGUCUGACGCUGGAUCACAGUGACUCGGUGGUGUCCGACGACUAUGCCACAGCUGCCCUCUCUCCUUCCCCUGAUGACGAUGACUUGGGGCUGGACAUUGACUUGGAUGCCAUGGAAACGCCUUCGGACAGCGAGUCCCUCCACUUUCCAGUGCAGGACAUGGAUUUGGAGGGUGAGAACUGGGUGCAGUGGACAGGACAUACUAACAGCCUUUAUCUUUGGUCCGUUUCUUCACUCUCACAGGUCCAAGAUCAGUCCAUGAACUUAUUGAACCACCAUAUUUUUCACAUGAGAUACACAAAUAAGCUAUUUUGGGGAAUACAUAAUAUAUAGCUAUUUCCUUUAUAUAUGCUUUGCAUUAGGUGAUCUUAACCCCAUAGAUAUCAUCUAUUAUAGACAGUACACCCUAACCACUAUCUGUCUAUGCAUUUUGUUAUCUACAGUACUGUAUGGGAAAUUGACCAUUGAAACAUUAUUCCCAUUCACAGAUGACCUGCUUCGUCUGGGAGUGGCAUCACGUUUCCAUAAGGCCCGUGGGUCAGUACCAGAGCAGAUGGGUGUGGGUUCUCUUGAUCAAGACCAGGUAGAUAGCCAGGGCACUAGGUGGCGCCGGUUCCGCACGGGAGACCCGCUUCAGGAGAGUCUGGUCAACAUGAGUGUAUUGGAGCCUUACCUUCGAGUCUUGUCACAUGGGGGUGAGUCCACAAUCCCAGCACUCACUUGCCUAUCUGACAUAAUGCAAGAAUGUGAGCUUGUCUCAGGCUCAUGGAAUUCGGAUAAUGUGACCGUUUGAUGUGAGAUCAACUUGGAUGACACAAAGAGCAUCUUCACUUAUUUUUUGCAUAUUCAUUUUCCCCUCAUCCAAAUGUUGUUUUCCUUCCAGGUUACUAUGGAGAUGGGUCUAAUGACAUCAUUGUGUUCUCGUCCUGCUAUCUCCCUGAAAACACCAUGGAGAACUACCAGCAUGUCAUGGACAACCUGUUCAGGUGUGAGAGCUAAUUGAUGAGAAGCCACAGUCUUAGUAAAACACUAUCCGAAAUGGCUACUCUUCAGGUCGACAUUCCUAACCACAGCACCACUAAACAUUGCAGGUACGUUGUGGGAACGUUGGACCUGAUGGUGGCGGAGAACUACGUCAUUGUGUACCUGUGUGCCAUGGCCCAGCGCAACAAGCUCCCCACCAUUGGCUGGCUCAGAGAGUGUUACACUACCAUUGACAGAAGGUUAGUUCUGAUUACUCAAAUAGGCUUGGUUUGCGGUUCUAUUUCAUAAAACUAUAUGCCACAGUGAGUAACAAAACAGUACAAAAGUAUUUUAACUCAUCAGUCUCUCAUGUCAGUGGAGUCUCCAAGUCGUAGGCCACGUUCCAGGCCGAAUACAUUGCAGUCAUGAACUGCGCAGUCAGAGUGCUAUAUUAUAUGAUGUGGUUAGUGGAUAUGUUCAACACCUAUCCAGGCAUUGUGAGAUCUGGCAACUGCAAUGUAGUUGGCUGGAAUGCGGUCAAAGUCAAAUCUCAAGUUAUUUUAUUUUAUGCCAAGUAAUUAAGUCUCAAGUAAUCAAAUCGUUGACAUUUGUCUCAGUUGGUGAAAAAUAUGUGUCUCAGUGUCGAAAAUCUACCAAACUGGCUAUCUCUCAAGACUUUGAAGAAGAGCAGGAUGUUUUCCGUGUCGACUGCACAGAUGAAAACCAGAUGACAAUUGUCAGUUUCGUCUUUUUGGCCUGCUGUACUGAUCUUCAGAAACUCGUCAUGUAUGAAGUACUUUGCCCUGGUGACUCGAGGGUCCUCCCCUGGUACUGCUGUUGUAUAUUCAGGCAUAGUGUAGUGUGCAAACUCUGGGAAAUACUCGUCCAUUUUUGAUUUUCCCGCCAAAACCUUCUCUGCUAGAAGGUCCUGUUUGUUCAGUAAGACCCAGACAGGAAGGGUCCUUAGCCACCUGUUGUUCCAGAUGAUCUUGAAGUGGUUUAGUGCCUCCUGCAGCUGGUUGGUCUGGCUGUCUUCAUGCUUCACCAUGUCAUAGCUGCUGCUGUCCACCACAAAAAUAACAUCCCACACAUCAGCAAAACACUGCAUCCACUUUCCGCUUUCGUACUUCUGACCUCUAACAUUAGAUAAAUGAAAAUUGAUACCGUCCACCACGAAAAAUGUCUCAGACGUCCCUGAAGCCUUUUUACUGUUGUUUUGUAUAAAAUGCAUUUUCUCCUCUGCAGUAAGUUCCACAUGUAAAUAUCGCAUCUGAUUUACUAUCGUGCUUUUCCCAGAUUCAGCAGCUCCUAACAUUAGUAACUGGCGCUGGCAAGUUAUUUGGUUAUUAUGCUUGUCUUCUUGUAGCUGUUUAUCAAUCCUUUUGUUUGAUUCUUUAGGUGCCUUCUCAAUACGUUGGUCUUUACUGCACAGACAACCCAUAUUAACUAAAUAAUACUAGAUUCCUAGGCUUGCCAAAGAAAAAAACCAGAAAUACAGAAAAAUAUAUAGAUAUAAUAAGUCUACUUCAGUCUGAGAAAUUAAGAAAAUGACAGUGUUACAACAGACCCCUUCCUCCCCUAAAAUGUCACUCUGGGUCUGACACAGAAAGCAUCCUCUGCCCCUCUCAGACGGUUGAUUCCUAUAACGUUUUCACUGUGAAUCCGCAAUGAAGUCAUCAAGUGUAAUGCAAAUGUAAAUGUUCAGCAAUAAGCCUAAAUGUAGGCGAUGAGUUUUCGAAUCGAGAUUCCCACGAUGUCUUACUGUGGAGCCACACUGAACUUUAGCGGUAUUUUCUAGAACCGAUUGAUUUUCACGAGUAGACCAGAAUUCUGACAUUCAAAACAUUGCAGUUCCGUCAAAGCGCAGCCAUGGCUAUAUGCACUUCCCUUCACCACAGCGAUAGUAAAGCAGGUGGAAGAAAUAUAAUUAAAAAGUAAACUUCUGAAACAAAUAUUUCCACAAUUCCACUAAAAUGGGGGCAUGCGAUCAUUACAUGAAGCUCCUUCCUGAUUCGAAUGUCUUGCUGUAGCACCAUUGCGCAAAUUGUUGAUUUAUAUCCUUUAUUGCCCAACCUUGUAAUUUCCCCUACUCUUGUGAAAUAUAAUUCCGCUUGUGGUAACGUGUUGUUUGUGUUAGGAGUUUGUGUAGAAGCAGAAUUAUUGUAUUGAAUAUGAAGAGACCCAGGGUGUGGUCCUUAAUUAAAGUCUAACUUGCUCUGAUAUAAUCUGGCUGUAUGCAAAUGAGGGCAAACACUCCACCCAAAACCUGUUGGUUUGUAGUAUUCUAUGGUCCAUCAUUAUAUAACAUAUUUCAAUUUAUUCAGCUGGGCAAUUUGUUGUAUUCAUGAUAUAGUAGUGUUCCUACUCAAAGUCAAGUCAGCCUAGUAGUUAAUUAGUCUUGCUAACACCAAACUCUUGAAGUCCUCCUGACUUCAGUCGGGAAUGGCUCUUUGAUGUUGUUGGCACAAUGUGUUGAUAAUGAAGGGGGCUGUGCUUUUACUGGUUGGCUGUCCUCUGUGUCUUUCUCACUCAAACACCCACAUACAGCCCCCUUCCAGUACAAAGUUUGGAUUUUCAAAUCUAAACAAGGAGAGGUCCCUGAUCCACCAUCCACCACCGCUGCGCUCUCGUGUAGUAAAACAGAAUAGAAGCUACCAAGACGAGUCUCAAGCCAUCGAAUUUGUGACUCGUCCUGAUCUAACUCAAGUCUGCACCUCAUUAGGUAAUUACUAUGUAAUUACUAUUUAACUAUUUUAUCACAAAGCAAUACCAGUAGGCUACUUUUAUACCAGUACCAGUACUUUUAAUAAAAAAAACGACUUAAAACAGCAGACGGUAAAAUAAAGCAUAAACCUGCAGUUAAACCUUCAGUAAAUAUUCCCAAGUAAUGCCAUGUAUACUUUGUAUAUGUAUACAAAUUGUGUAUGAGAGUUUGAAAGUGCAGUGUAGCAACCAUAUGUACUUAUACAGUAUAGGAAGCAACCCACAGCAAGUAGCUGGCAAUAAUAGUGUCACAUUGGGCCUUAGCAUCCAACAAGUUAACAAGAGCCUGCUUUGGUACUCCUCCUUCUUCAGCCAGAGGAUGGCAUCAAAACCAAAGUGUAAUUAUGAGUUUCCUCCUGACAUCCCGCACAGCCAACCUACAGUUCUCAGUCUAGGAGGAAGUAGAUUUCAUUAAUUAGGCACCAAAAGGAAGAAAAUGGACUGAAACAAUAAAAUGGACUGUCCAAUAUAAAACACUCACAUAUUCGUUUUCCUGUUGGAAAACGUUUGAAAACGUUUUACAUUGAGUGCCCUAAUGGACACGACCUUGUCAUGAAAGAGUGUUAUUUUUUUCAGGAUGGUUACAACAGUGUCCAAAUGAUUGUGCACAGAAUGGCCACUAACAUAAUCCCUCAUAUUUCCAGAAAGCUUUGAUGCUGUAAACCUCGACCUGGGUCUCCUUAAUCCUAAUAAUGUAACUAAAUGUUUGGAUCCAGUAAAGUAUCAAUUGAACUGCAGGAGGAAAAAAGCUGCUAAGACCAUUACACUGACCUUGUAUGUUGUUGAAAUGAAUGUCUCAACUUGAUUUCCCUUUAAAUUAUUUAUAUUAUUAUAUUUAUGUAUUAUAUUUAUAUUAUUAUAUCCCAUGUCCCUUUAUAUUAUUUGAAUAUACUUAGAGUCACAUAUCAAAUAUGUGUAAAGAAUUAUCCAAGAAAAACCCUGCAGGGAUUUCUAGAGGAUGCCUAUAGUUCAGACACACAUUUUUUUGUGAUAUGGUUUUGGACCUUUUCUUUGAACAUUUACAUUUACAUUUCAGUCAUUUACCAGAUGCCCUUAUCCAGAGGGACUAACAGUUACUGCAUUCAUCUUAAGAUAGCUAGGUGGGAGAACAACAUAUCAGGGGGAAGCUGGUUCCACCAUUAGGGUGCCAGGACAGAGAAGAGCUUGGACUGGGCUGAGCAGGUGCUGCCCUCCCAUAGGGGUGGGAGGGCCAAAAGACCAAAGGUGGCAGAACGGAGAACUCAGGUUGGGGUGUAGGGUUUGAGCAUAGCCUGAAGGUAGGGAGAGGCAGUUCCUCUUGCUGCUCCAUAGGCAAGUACCAUGGUCUUGUAGUGGAUGCGGCCUUCGAAUGGAAGCCAGUGGAAUGUGUGGAGGAGCGGGGUGACAUGGGAGAAUUUGGGAAGGUUGAACACUAGGCAGGCUGCAGCGUUCUGGAGAAGUUGCAGGGCACAAGCCAGGUCCAGACGGGAGAUGACAAGUGCCUGGAUUAGGACCUGCGCCGCUUCCUGUGUGAGGUAGUGUCGUACUCUACGGAUGUUGUAGAGCAUGAACCUGCAGGAGCGAGUCACUGCUUUGAUGUUUGCAGAGAACGACAGGGUGUUGUCCAGGGUCACGCCAAGGUUCUUUGCACUCUGGGAGGGUGACACGGUGGAGUUGUCAACCAUGAUGGAGAGGUCUUGGAGCGGGCAGGCCUUCCCCUGGAGGAAGAGCAGCUCCACCUUGUUGAGGUUGAGCUUGAGGUGGUAGGCCGACAUCCAAGCUGAGAUAUCUGCCAGCGACGGUACAGCUGCUGACACGACCGCCGCUUAAAGCUGCUGCUGAAAAAACAGGGGACACUGAAGUACUAACAUCAUAGUUUUUUACAUAGCAUGCCAAGUUCACAGUGUUUAAGAGGCAGUUUCCCAGACAAGAUUAAGUGUUUGUGGAUGAAAAAGCACUUUCAAUAGUUCUACAUUGAGCAUGCUUUUCAGUCCAGGAGUAGGGCUCACCUGUGUCUGGAAAACCGCCAUUACAGACAUGUUUCUUUGUGAUGUUUUCUCCACCAAUAGAGCUAGUGUUUUGACACCUGACCAUGUCUAGCCAACUUCCCCUCUCACUUCCUGUUGUCUGACUUGGCCCAUGUAAGUGAGAGAGGUAGAACCCUUAUUUAGCAGUUUGCGCCUGUCUGGGGAGUCACACAGACUGGGCCCCAAAGAACCUCUGGAGGCACUAAAGUAACCUUUGGUAGAGAUACGUGUCUUAUGGAGGGGUUUAAACUGUCAAUCAUGGUGAUGUGAGAGGUGUGUGAGAGAGGUAGUGUAAAUCUACAGUAGAUAUACUGACAGAUUGAACAAACAACUGUUACCUUUACUCUUACACUUGAUUCUGUUUCUCUCGUAGGUUGAGGAAGAAUCUGAAAGGUCUAUACAUCGUCCACCCGACCUGGUACAUCAAGGCCCUGAUCACCAUCAUCAAGCCCUUCAUCAGGUUAGGGCCACCAUCCCCUGAGACACCAAGUCCAGUCUGUCAGGGUUGCUGCUGUUGUUGUUGUUGUUGAGUCAAUGGGCCCUGUUACUCCAUGAAGCAAAAGGGAGAACUAUAGAACAAUGGCCAUAGCACUGUUAGAGCAGCUACCCUGAUCUUGUAGCUGUAAGAGUACAAAUCUUAAUUGUAUAUUAUGAUGCUGUGCACUACUGUAUCUUUAUUUUUUACAUGUUGGCUCUGUGUCGUCACAUAAAACUAAUGGCUUCCGAUCCCGUCAUCCUCACAGCUCCAAAUUCAGUCGCAAGCUUCAGUUUAUCGACAGCCUUUGGGAGCUGUCCCAGCACAUCCCUGUUGAGCUUGUGCAGAUCCCCGACUGCGUCAGACAGUGAGUGACACCAUCAUACUCUCUCAUGCCACGUUCAAAACAACUGGGAACUUGGAAAUCUCCGACAUCCGACUUCAGUGCAUUCAAGACAACUGGGAACUUGUAAAAAAAAUGAGCUCCGACUGGGAAAUAUAUUUUUGAACAGUCAUCCAACUCAGAAUUCCAAGUCGGGAACUCAGGUCUCUUUCUAGAGCUCCUAGUUUCCGACCUUAAGAUCACUGACGUCAUGAUUUGACCUAGUUUUUUUUCAGAGUUCCCAGUUGUCUUGAAAGCACCAUCACACAUUCACAAUAAGCUACAUGAAUGAACCCAUAAAUGGGAAAGCCCAUCCAUCACCUCAUAUGUGUAUUAUGUGACUAAUAUCUGGUUAUUCUUAAUCACUCUUUGGCUACCAUUGCGCAAAUCAAAGUAUUCAUUUCAAAGUACUUUUUUGCAUAACAGAAAGAAAACAGUGAGACCUUCUAUUAUGAUGGUUCAUGAAAAUGUAUUGGCUGUGUUUAUGUAUUUAUUGUUUUUCAGUCCAGUUCAAUCUAUUUCCAUUCACACAGGUUUGACGAGAAUAUGAACAGCUGACACGCUCAAAAUGUUGAUCUGGACCACAGUGUAAGGUACAUGAAGCCAAAACAGUGGACUACAAAGGCUCAAAUCUGGCAACCAAUGACUUGACACUGAGGAUGAACCUGGCUGCCCAAUCUAACAUAAGUUGUCCUAUGAGACAACUUUAACCAAAGUAUCUGUUGAAGGACCACAAGUAGAUACAGUGAGCUCCAAAAGUAUUGGGACUGUAACCACGUUUCCAUCCACAGUUUUUAUGCGAGUAAAGUCAUACCAUAUUUUAAAAAAUGACAGUUGAUGGAAACAGGAAGUUUCGGUACAAUUUUAUAAAUGCCGACAGAUAAUUUGUUCGUUCGACCUGGUGGGAUAUUUUUGUGUUGGUUAAAUUAAUUAUGUGAGAAAUGGCGGUGGAAACGCCUUCAUUCACAAAUAUUGAUAUAAUAACCAUCAUAUCGAAGUAAAUUUGGAGUCACACGAUGAUAUGGGGUGUGGGCCUCCCACUUCAACUCGGGAAACCAUACAGUUUAUUAGGCUACAGAUGAAGUGAUGAUGAACUCCACAGGGUGGUGAAAGUGCACUGUGAUCUUGAUUCUCCUUUCCAAUAAAUAUCGAGGGUCUUAUUCUGGUAACAUGAUGAUCAGUGCUUGACUGCCAUUUUUGACAAAUAAAAAUAUUCUCACUCUUAUCCAUAAUAAUCUCAUCAUGUAGAUUUAAAACCAAUUUAUGCUGGCACGGCAAAUGCGAUUCUUACAGAGGAUGUGAAGCAAUUGCAGAGCCUCUGAAGGCUUGUGGAGGCCAAAUCGAGCUCUGUACCGCAUCGCUGUGCGCCUCCCAACAUUUGUGACAGUGCAGAGGGCUCCGUAUAGCUCCGUAUUGACAUGAUUGGCUGACGGUAGAUGGGGGCGGGAGGUCCUGUAUCAACACAAUAAUAUUAUUUAAAAACAUAUACACUGAGUAUACAAAACAUUCCAUGACAUAGACUGACCAGGUGAACCCAAUUGAAAGCUAUGAUCCCUUAUUGAUGUCACUUGUUAAAUCCACUUCAUUCCGUGUAGAUGAAGGGGAGGAGACAGGUUAAAGAAGGAUUUUUAACACUUGAGACAUGGAUUGUGUAUGUGUGCCAUUCAGAGGGUGAAUAGGCAAGAUACAAUAUUUUAGUGCCUUUGAACGGGGUAUGGUAGUAGGUGCCAAGCGUACUGGUUUGUGUCAAGAACUGCAACGCAUCUUGGUUUUUCACACUCAACAGUUUCCCGUGUGUAUCAACAACGGUCCACCACCCAAAGCAAAUCUAGGCAACUUGACACAACUGUGGGAAGCAUUGGAGUCAACAUGGGCCAGCAUCACUGUGGAAUGCUUUCGACACCUUGUAAAGUCCAUGUCCCGACGAAUUGAGGCUGUUCUAAGGGCAAAAAGGGGGGUGAAACUCAAUAUUAGGAAGGUGUUCCUAAUGUUUGGCAUGCUCAGUGUACAUUGUUAAGUGUGUUCAGGUGUGUUGGCUGCGCCCACUAAUUGGCCACACCUGAUCUUAAUGAGUGCUCGUUUCCUUUGAAAUGGACCACCAUCCUGGUGGUGCAGUGGAGUAAUUCCAUGCAUACGGAACAUCACAGGUUUGAAUCUCACUGAUGCCGUGCCACAAUAAAAAAAGAAAUGUGUUUGCAUGGUUAAUUAAGCAAAUUAAUAUCCAUGUGUCCAAUCUGUUCUUGGAGUUUGUUAAUGUAAGCUAGCAGUGUUAUUAAGUCUUAUUGAAACAUGUUCUCAGAAUGUUAUUUAAUUACUUUCAAAUAACCUAUAAUUUCUGUUCUCAGAACGUUAUUAAAACCUCCCAGGAAAACUUUCACAGAACCAUAGUAAAACAUCCUCAGAACCUCCCUGCAACCUCCCAGAACAGUCGAAAUGUUCACUUCCAUUCUCAGAACCAGUUUUACUGGUCAGGAAAUGUAUGGAUUCGUUCCCAGAACCAAUGAGAAACCAAAGACUUGCGUUCCCACAACUUCCAAGGAACCAAGUGUGCUAGCUGGGAAGCAACCUGUCUUAAAUUAAUCAUCAUUGACCAUUAUUGCUUAAAUUACACUGAACAAAAAUAUAAACGCAACAUGCAACAAUUUCAAAGAUUUUACUGAGUUACAGUUCAUAUAAGGAAAAAUAAGGAAAAUUAAUUAAUUAGGCCCUAAUCUAUGGAUUUCACAUGACUGGGAAUACCGAUAUGCAUCUGUUGGUCACAGACACCUUAAAAAAAAGGUAGGAUAAGAAAACCAGUCAGUAUCUGGUGUGACCACCAUUUGCCUCAUGCGGCACGACAUCUCCUUCGCAUAGAGUUGAUCAGGCUGUUGAUUGUGGGCUGUGGAAUGUUGACCCAAUCCUCUUCAAUGGCUGUGCGAAGUUGCUGGAUAUUGGCGGGAACUGGAACACGCUGUCAUAAACGUUGAUGUCUGGUGAGUUUGCAGGCCAUGGAAGAACUGGGACAUUUUCAGCUUCCAGGAAUUGUGUAGAGAUCCCUGCAACAUGGAGCCGUGCAUUAUCAUGCUGAAAUAUGAGGUGAUGGCGACGGAUGAAUGGCACGACAAUGGGCCUCAGGAUCUCGUCACGGUAUCUCUGUGCAUUCCAAUAGCCAAAUUGCAAUUCUGUUCAUUGUCCGUAGCUUAUGCCUGCCCAUACCAUAACCCCACCACCACCAUGGGGCACUCUGUUCACAACGUUGACAUCAGCAAACCGCUCGCCCACACGACGCCAUACACGCUGUCUGCCACCAGUUGAAACCGGGAUUCAUCCGUGAAGAGCACACUUCUCCAGCGUGCCAGUGGCCAUCAAAGGUGAGCAUUUGCCCCCUGAAGUCAGUUACGACGCCGAACUGUAGUCAGGUCAAUACCCUGGUGAGGAUGACGAGCACGCAGAUGAGCUUCCCUGAGACGGUUACUGACAGUUUGUGCAGAAAUGAUUUGGUUGUGCAAACCCACAGUUUCAUCAACUGUCCGGGUGGCUGGUCUUAGAAGAUCACGCAGGUGAAGAAGCCAGAUGUGGAGGUCCUGGGCUGGCAUGGUUACACAUGGUCUGCUGUUGUGAGGCCGGUUGGACGGCUUAUGGUAGAGAAAUUAACAUAAAAUUAUCUGGCAACAGCUCUCGUGGACAUUCCUGCAGUCAGCAUGCCAAUUGCACUCUCCCUCAAAACAUGAUACAUCUGUGGCAUUGUGUUGUGUGACAAAACUGCACAUUUUAGAGUGGCCUUUUAUUGUCCACAGCACAAGGUGCACUUGUGUAAUGAUCAUGCUGUUUAAUCAGCUUCUUGAUAUGCCACACCUGUCAGAUGGAUGGAUUAUCUUGGCAAAGGAGAAAUGCUUACUAACAGGGAUGUAAACAAAUUUGUGCACAGAAUUUGAGACAAGAUUUUUGUGCAUAUGGAACAUUUCUGGGAUAUUUUAUUUCAGCUCAUGAAACAUGGGACCAACACUUUACAUGUUGCGUUUAUAUUUUUGUUCAGUGUAGUUGACUGACUUUAUGAUGGAAGCAUCAGCUUCAUUUUUGUCCUAAUAACUUAACUUUCUCAAAUGUUUGUCUACCAACAGAAAACAAUAUGCUUGUAAAUAUCUCAGCAAAUCCAUUGGAAAUACAUCUACGGCACUUAGAUUAUACUUUCUCAAAACUUUAAAUUCCAAGUUUACCAAAUUGGAUUCGGCCAAUGUCUGCUGUAUAUUCCUAUAAAUAGGAAACUAGUCCAUGUGAUAGACACGUUUAUGAAUAAACCCCACUGUCUUGUGCUCAAUUUAAUUAUCUCGAACCAGCACUCAAUAGAACCCCUUAUACACUGUGACUUGUUUUCCAGUACAGGAGGGAAUGUGUUGUUUUUAGGAGCUCUGUUGGGUACAGAGGGAGGGUGUUUGGCCUCUACCCGCUUCCUCCCCUUCCACACAGCACUUAAUAAAGGAAACAGAGGGAGGGAUAGAGGGCGGGCGGGAUGGAUGGAGAAAGAGGGAGGGUGUGGGGGAUUUGGCCCAGAGCGCAGAAGGUGAGAUUGGCUGUGCGGACCCACCGGAUGCACAGGAAAAGGACCCUUACAGGGAGAGGAAGUGA